AUGGAUCAAUUGAGUCGAGCCGAUGAGGACCGCUCGCGCCUUGAGGAGCUUGUUGCUCAUCUAGAAUUUGAGGCGAGUAAUUUGGGCGACUUUGUUGUCCUUGUGACGCAUCGCAGGCAAGCGGCCAAACGAAGAGCUACUCGGCGUGAGGCGAUGCUUGCUCGCUUGGUUGAAGAUCGAAGGUGUCUCCAACGCCGUUUGACUGAGUUAGUUGAACUGAUCCGGCGGUCACAUCAACUGCUACUGAAAAAGACUGGCGACCAGACUCUGUGGGAUGAGUUACAGGAAAGACGAAAAUGCAACGAGGGCAUAAACGAAACAAUUGGGGGAAACGAGACAAAAGAGCAAGGCAAACAGCCUGACUCAAUAGCAAGUAGAGAAGAGAGGGAAACAAAAGGAGAGGAGGAUUUAUUGUCUCAGUCACUUGGUGAGAGAUUUUCUGUUCUUAAGAAAAGAAUUGUGCAGUACGCAUUUCGGCACUUCACAUAG